AUGUUGAUACCAGCCCACUUCCUCCUGCUACUGCUGCUGCUCCUAGGGGCCCCACAGACUGGCCUCUCCCAUAAAUUCUACAAAGCGGAGUCCUUCUUCAGCUGCAUCAAUACAGCCCUAUCUGAGGCCAAAAAGAACCAGUUGGAGGAUGAACCCCUGCUAAGUAAGAGAAGCUUCUACUACUUGCCCAGCCAAGACUCUUCAUCAGGAUCAGAGGAAGAAGAAAAAGAGGACAAGGAAAAAAGGACCUUCUCUGGCUCUGCGGUUGGGAGUGGAGCUGGAAACACUCCAUACAAAUCUCUGUCCCAAGCACAGCUCAAGGGGAAGCUGUACCAGGACAAGGCCAAGAGUGACAGGCGCACCAAGUUCACUCUGUCCCUCGACGUCCCCACAAAUAUCAUGAACAUCCUCUUCAACAUCGCCAAGGCUAAGAAUUUGCGAGCCAAGGCAGCAGCCAACGCCCACCUGAUGGCACAGAUUGGACGUAAGAAGUGA